GCUGCACGUGCCGGACCACCUGCUGCGAAGGACGAUCGAGCCAAGUGCACAUUCUGCCACAAGCCAGGCCAUGAGUUUGAAAAUUGUUUCCGUCGUACAGGUGUGUAUCCGGACUGGUGGCACGACAAUCCUGGACGCGGUGGCAAGGGGCGGACUGGACAGAACCGAGGAGGGUCCGGGCGAGGAGGUUCCGGGCGAAAUGCAGGAAGAAGUGUGGUACAGGUCAUGCAUGUGGGGGAACACCAUCCGGAGGAUCAAGUGGGACAAGGAACGAAGGACAUCACGCUACACAGACCGGGGUUUACCGAUGAACAAUGGCAAACGUUCCUCAAGUUGAUGGAAAAUUGUAAGGCCACAUCGUCGGAAGAAAAACUCUCAGGACCUACUUACGAGGACGCCGAUU